UGUUCCGUUAAAGAGUGAAUAUUAAAUGCAAUGCUUUCUAUGCAUAAUGGGGAGGGGGAAUUAGGUGCUUGAAAAUAGUUCAUCUCUCCAACACAAUUUUUGGCGUGCCUGUAUUAAUACUAUUUUUAGUGCGAAUCAAACUUGUUUAAAUUGUACAGGUAGACUUUGACCAUCCCCGCAAAUUUAUUCCACCUCUAAUUUGCCACACAAAUAUACAUAACCGGAGGGCAUUUCCACAAUUCUCGACAACUAGUACUGUAGCCGGGAUGUAACUUCCAUAAGCGUUGUUGUGACAUUGAAUGGAUAGAGAUCCGGCAGGCUAUUCGAACGAAUUAGGAAGUUAACCCAUGUUUGCAGUGAUGUCACUUAUAUACAUACCGAUAAUCUCUUCUUUCGUUAGUCUGUUAGUGGUGUAUUGACAUUUGUCAGAACAGUAUUUACUAAAAUAGCUCGAGCGUGUCAAAUGGCCGUUCACGAAACGGUCUGAAGUGGAAAAUUGUUCAUCAAACCCGUCGUAUUCUAGUUGGGUUUAGAAAUUUGUGUUAUAUGCUGAAGAAAUGGACAAUUGUUGUCCACCAAGACUCAACCACGAAUAUGUGAAGUCUGUAGAAGGAAUUCUCAAGCUGUCACUAAUCGUUAUCGGUGUAUUUUGCUGGGGUAUCGUUUACAUUGGGGACGUCAUGUCAACAAGCAACGAGGCUCCUGAAAUUAACGACCAAGUUUUGUUUUAUUCUGCUCUCACACUACCAAGUUGGUUGCUGACUCUUCUCACAUUCAUAUUUUACAUGUUUUCAAGGUCGGAAAUAAUUCCCUUUAAAUUGGACGCUGCUUUAAACGCCAUUUUUACCAUCCUCUAUAUCGCUUGCGUUUGUUUUUCCGCAGGCUACGAAUGGUUCGUAUGGAUAUGUGAAUCGGGUAGCAGCUCGGAGGUGGUAGACACAGGCGAGUGUCCUAACGACAGAAUUUUGCGUAAUUCUGGACAAAACUUGGCUGUAGUGGUGAUAGGGUCUGUGUUGGCAGGCAUGUACGCCUUAGCGACAAUUUAUACGUUAAUUAACAUGAAAACAUGGACUUAUCGAAGAAAAUCUGGCUAUGCUCAACCGGCGACGCCUGGUGUUUCGUCCGUUGGUGUAGAAUCAUUGUGAUUAGCUAAUUGGUAUUCUGCAUAUGCAUACUACCAUAGCAACAUCAAUUGUAAGAUCAGAUCAACGUUGGCGAAUAACUAUUGUUGCCUUGUUACAUAGUCUUGUCGAUUUUUACCAAAUGCCAGGAAUUUUCAUAUUAUUUUUACCUCACAUUCUCUUUUUCAUUUUCAUGUCUUAAAUAAAUAUCAACAGCAAAUUUUUCAAGUUUAAAA